AUGCUUGACCCACCGGCCAAGAGGGCCAAAGUCGACAGCGAGUCGAAGACGGAACUAGCGCUGGGGUCUGCGCCCGGCCUAAGCGAGUCACCACCGUCACUGAUACCUUCCCGUCGACUGGUGUUGCAGCCACGAGAGGACUUCGCAACAGCACAGGCGCAAGCGCUGCACAAGAAGGUAUACGAGGAGACGACCAUGCCUCCAGUGGUGUCAGUCCAGAAAUACAGUGAGUGCUGGACCCUCGAUAAAGCGAUGAGAUUCAGCAACCAAACGAAGGUCGGUAUUGACCUUGCCACGUCCAACCAGGAUGGUAAAAAGUAUAUCCUGAAGUUCGCCUCUUAUGAGGCAACCUCAGCGGAGCCUUUUGAUAAGGUCAGGAUGUCUGAACUUGUCAGGGAAAUGCUGGUCAAUAAAUUCGUGCUCGAGAAGAUCGGGUGCCAGUACUUCGCUCGUGUGGAGCCAGCAGCCUUUGUGCUCCCCUGUGGUCUCUACAUGCAGAUGGAGUACUGCCAGUACCAAGACCUUAGGGAGCUCUCUGACACCGAUAUGUCCGCAACUGAGCGACUUAGGCUGAUCUCAGAAGCCGCACGGGGCCUCGAUCAGCUACACACGCUAGGCCUGGUGCACUUCGACGUGAAGCUAACCAACAUCGGAGUGAGCCAGGACGCGAGUGGCAGAAAGAGGGCUAAGCUUAUCGACCUGGGAUCCACCAAGGUAGUUGGAGCACAGGCCAGGCCGGACGACGUUCUUUCUGGGGACACAUCCACAUACCGUUGUCCGGAGCUGUGGGUGUUGCGAAAACACCCCUUGCUUCCCGAGAGCCAAGAGUAUAGCGUCGGGCCGGAAGUGGACAUGUGGGCCCUGGGCUUCAGCAUGGUGCGCCUUCUCUUCAAUGCUUACAAUGGCCCGUGGGCUCAUGCGAAUGCUGAAGAUCCGGACUAUUCCAAGUUCAUCACGACGAACCGUGUGGGUCCAGAUGCAGUGGGUAGAAUUGAGCGUCCGCCAUGGCUCGAAUUCACUCACCAUCAAUUCCAAAAGGGAAUAUCGCGGUUUGUCAAUUUUCUGGCAUACAACUUGCUGCGCGUUGAUCGCCACUCUCGAAUGUCUGCCAAGACCGUUGCUGAUGAAAUAGACAAGCAUCUCGGUAAUGGCGGCCAGUAA